AUGGACCCCGUCGCCACGCCCACCAGGAUAUCCAGAGUCGAUUCGCGCUUCCGUCACCGAGCGCAAAUCGUCCCCCCACCCCAGGAACGUGCGCCAGAAUCCGCAGAGAAAGAGGAGGAAUCAACCAAGGAGCAUUUUGUCCCCGAACCGAGAGCCAGAGACAGCAUGAGCAGGGGUCAUCGCUUCUUUCACCGCCGCGCAGCGCUAGGAAACACAAAGACAGUCGCCGUCGCCGUCGAAGUAGUUGCCACUGUUGAUACCAACGGAAACCUCGUCGCUCAGGAGACUCUGGCGCCUGUCACACCUCCGGCCUCAAAUGGACCCACAGCGCCAAUCGCCGCAGCCGUUGCUGCAACUUCAGCCGGACCAAACCCCUCAGUAGCUCCUGCAGCCCAGCAGCCGCUUCCCUCCGCCCCUUUACCCGGUGUACCAGCAGUGCCAGCAGUACCUACAGUUGCACUCCCUGUGCUACCAUCCGUUCCAGCUGUCCCACCAUUCCCCAGUGACCUUGCUGUCCCAACCGUCCCUGCGUAUCCAUACUCUACAGGCAUUCCCGUCGCCCAAGUCGCCGUCAGCUCCGACUUGGCCAGCGCAUCCCCCAUUCCAACAGGUGGCCCAGAAAGCACUGCGACUCCAUCUCCAGCCCCAGAUGCCGCACCGCUUUCAGACAUCAGUUUCAUCUUGAACUCGACUAUAUCCAACACCGCUUCCUUGUUACCAUCUUCCUCCCUCGCUUCCCUCGACAGCAUUUCUGCGUCAACGUCGACUGAACUCAUUGCAAGUAUAGCGGCAGUUCCAACUCGCUCGCCAUCUGCAUCCACAUCUUUGUCAGCAUCAGCAUCAACAUCACAAUCCCGCAUCUCAUCUAGCAGAGCAUCAUCUGCUCAGACAUCAGCAGAAACGUCUGUUGUUCGCAGCACGGAUAUCGUCUCUAAUGCAGCCUCAACAACAGCAUACUAUGGAGGUGCCGGUGGGGAUGCGUCUGGAACGGCGUUUGCCCCUGCUGCCACCACAGCAGCCACCUCUAACGCGGAUGCUGACACCAGUCCUUCUCCACUCGAGACUCCGCAAGUAGUCGGAAGUGUCGUAGGCAGUCUUGCCGGCGCCGCGCUCAUCCUUGCUAUAAUAUUGCUGCUUCUGCGACGUCACAAGCGCAAACAGGGUGGUGCUCUACAACUUACUGGUGACGAUCACACCGACAACAACCAGUCAAUGAGACAAGCACCUACUACAAGCAGCACUUUGGUUCCUGUCGCCUUUUUGAACCGAUUCUCCGCCAUGUCGGGCAAGACAGCAGAAACCAACCUUAGUGGUGGCGAGCGGAGCUUCCAGAGGGUGUCGGGUCGCAAACUCCCGUCCGCGUUCAGUGAAGGCAUGACAUCAGAUCAGUUCUCUCAAGGCGGGACAAUGUCUGGUUCUUCCUUCUACCAGGACGAACACGGUAUCUAUGGCGGCCCGAGCAUCUCCAAAGAGUUCGGCAAAGAGAUUGGCGACAACUCGACAAGUCGAGAGUCGGGACAGAUGAACAUUCGGCCCAGCCCAGCCAGGACACCAGUCAUACGGCAUCCUGACGAUGGCAACCCCUUCGCAGACCGCCACUAUCUCAGCCCGCCACAAUCUCCCAAUCCAGAUGUCCCACCUCGAGGCACUCUUGGUAGAAGUCUGCCCUCGGCAGAUGGAUCCAGGUCAUCUCGGUUUACGGAGAACGUUUGA